UCUUAUAAUGUAUUUUAUAAAAAUUAAAAAUUAAUCAAAAAUUGUUGUUAUAAACGAAGUUUAUAUUAUUACAGUGUAUUAUUAUAUUCGAUAAAAUAUUUAACAUGUCGGUUUACAAAUAUGUAAAUGAUGCAAGAUUAGUAUAUAAGGCAUUAAAUGGAAUAUUUGUUAUUUAUAAAUCUCCUCAUAUAUAUUUCAAUACAACGAGACAAACAUUGAUUAAUAAUUUAUGUAAAGAUCUUAAUGACAUGUAUGUACGACCUCAAAGAAAAUAUGUAGCUAUAGAGGGUGAUACAAAUAAAGAUAUGAAAGUUAUUAUUCGAAAAAGUUUUGCAGACAAUCCAUUAGUAAUAGGUCCUCGUUAUCAACCAAAUGAUUUUAAAUUAGCAACAACAAAAAUUAUGAAUCAAGAUGUAUCUGGUGUUUUAGUUUGUGGAAUUAAUAAGGGUAAUCAAUUGAUACAAAAAAUCAAAGAAUAUAUGUGCAUAAGAUUUUACAAGAUAAAAGGAUUAUUUGGACAAGCAACAGAUAAUUACUUUCAUACUGGAAAAAUAAUAGAAAAAUCUAAGUAUACACAUAUAAAACGUGGUCAUAUUGAUAAGUUAUGUAGUUCAAUGCAAUCUUCUCAUCAAAAAAAAAUGUUUGAAUUAUGUGGAGUAGAUAUUCAAAGUCAAACUGCAUAUGAAUUAGCAGUUCAAGGUCCAAUUAGACCAGCAAAUAAUAAUAUUCCUAUAAUAUAUACAAUUAAAUGUGUAGAUUUUUCACCUCCAGAAUUUACAUUAGAAAUUGUUUGUACAAAUGAAUAUGAUUUGUAUCUAAAAACUAUAAUUCAUGAAUUAGGAAUACAACUUCGUUCUAAUGCUACUUGUACUCAAAUAAUAUGUAUACAAGAUGGUUUGUUUAAUAUACAACAAGCAUUAUUAUCAAAAUAUUGGAAUUUAAAAGAAAUUAUGCAUAAUAUGCAAAUGUGUCAAAAACUCAUAGAUAAAAAUGAACAUAUAUUAUAUCAGGAAAAUGCUGCAUUAAAGCCUAUUAAUCAUUUUGUAGAAGCUAUAUCUUAG